GUAUAUAAGACGGGAUAACGUCGAGAUGGCUUCUUUGUUUCCCUCCAGUCGCUGUCUGCUUACGCGUGAUUUGAUCUAUCCGCCAAUAACAGUCCGACUUCCAGCAAGCUUUCCGAUUUGAGGCUUGCUCACAUCCUGACUUCUAUUGCUUAUCUCUACCAUUGACAUCUAUCUUGAAGACUGUCAUGACCGACUCUCCCCCAUCUGAGAAGUACGAGGCAAAAGUCUCCACGGAGAGCGUUCGCGCCACUGUCAAGGAUGGCAUACCUCAUUACAUGGGACUUACUGGCGAUAGGCUCCUUACGGCUGUCACUAUUACUGCUACUCUCGGAUUUCUAUUGUUUGGAUAUGACCAGGGAGUCAUGUCGGGGAUCAUCUCUGCUCCUCAGUUCUAUCGAGUAUUUCCGGAUCUCAAUCCAGACAAUGUUGGAAGCAAGCACUCGUCCACAAUGCAGGCAUUCUACACCGCCAUCUAUGAAGUUGGAUGCCUUGCAGGGGCGAUCUUCGCCCUCAUGUUCGGCAAUAAACUGGGACGCAGAAAGAUCAUCAUGAUCGGCGCUUUCUGGGUCUCCAUCGGAGCCCUUAUCCAGAUCACUUCUAUGCCUGGUCAUAAAGCCGGGCAUCAAUUCGUGAUUGGACGUAUCGUCACGGGUUUCGGAAACGGUCUCAAUACCGCAACGAUCCCCAGUUGGCAAGCAGAGUGCUCAAAGGCUCACAACCGAGGUCUCCAUAUUUGCAUUGAAGCAAGUAUGAUCGCUAUGGGCACUGUCAUUGCGUAUUGGAUCGAUUUUGGACUGUCCUAUAUCGAUACGUCACUCUCGUGGCGUCUCCCCAUCGGUCUUCAGAUCAUAUUCGCAAUGUUACUUAUCCUAGGUAUUUCUCAACUACCCGAGUCUCCGCGUUACCUACUGUCUACCGGACAAACCGUGGAGGGAGAACAUGUCGUUGCGGCCUUGAGUGCUGAACGCGUCGACUCGGAGGCUACCCAACAGCAAAAGCGCGUCAUUGUCGAAGCCCUCGAGUCUGUCGGAGAACUUCAAAUUAAACACGUCUUCACCGGCGGUCCUUCACAGCACUUUAGGCGCACGCUCAUCGGUGCUUCCAGUCAGCUUUUCCAGCAGAUUGGUGGAUGCAACGCCAUCAUUUACUUUGCCCCUGUAAUUUUCCAGACGUACAUCGGUCUUGACCGUCAGCUUGCACUCAUAUUAGGAGGGGUCAACUCUACAGUUUAUGCUCUCUCUGCCUUUGGUUCCUACCCCAUGAUUGAACGUCUCGGUCGGCGUAAGAUGUUCCUGUGGGGUACUGCUGGUCAAGCAUUGUCUAUGUUCCUUGCAUGCUUUUGUCUCAUCCCUUACAAUGUGAAAGGUGAUACAGAGAACACUGCGACGUACGGUGCUGUUGUGGCCCUCUUCCUCUUCCUUAUGGCCUUUGGAUGCACAUGGCUUGAAUUGCCUUGGCUUCUACCAGCUGAAAUUAAUCCCAACGCCAUCCGUACGAAUGCUAAUGCCAUCUCUACCAUGACAAACUGGCUAUGGAACUUUGCUGUCGUUAUGUGGACUCCUCCCAUGCUCGAUAGUCUCGGUGGUUUCGGCACCUUCCUCUUCUUUGGCAUCGUCAACUUGUGUUUCUUCCCUUUCAUUUGGCUCUUCUAUGUUGAGACCAAGGGUCGUACGCUGGAAGAGAUCGACAUUGUCUUUGCCAAGGCCUACACAAAGGGCGAGUGGUAUGUCAAGGUUGGCAACGAGCUACCUCGGCUCACUACCGCUGAGAUCGAGAGAGAGGCGGUUAGAUGGGGUCUUGCAGGCGAUGAGGAGCACCGUGCUGGAUCGACAGCGCCCUCCGUGUGGGAGGAGGAUCAGGGCGAUAAUGAGAAGCAACGACGCUCGUAAAUUGCGGUUGUCUGUCAACUUUGCUGAUCGGAUCGGCUUAAAGCCACCAAGUCGCACGUACCACGUUGCCUCUCGAGUGGUAGGACCGCCCCGUCCAUGCGCCCCCCAUUUACACCGUAUAUUUCCAUGCUGUAGCCAGUAUAAACUGUAUUUAUCCUAGAGCAAGACGCUUUUUAUGGAUACUCCCACUCUUGUG